AUCAAACCCUGAGGCUAUGAGAGUCCGAGAUCCACACUUCAUGAGUCUAUAAAAAGAGCUUUCCUCUUCUGAGGAAGCAGCAGAACCUCUCCUACUGAGCAUUUCAUUGCAGAGCAGAGAGAAAGCAGAAGAGGAGGAGAAGGAUCACAGUUGAAAAUUGCCACUUUGGAAGAUCUGUGGACAAACGGAGGGAGAAAAACAAAAAGAGAGGAAAAGGACGUUUUUGGAAAAGGUUAAGGAUGAUGUGUCAAUGGUGGUUGCUAGUGGUGGUGAUGGCAUAUGUGUGCCACCCCGGGUUAGGGUCGGUGUGCUGGGACAGCUCCAUCUGCAAUGACCUGCACAACAAGGGAAGGAUACUGGACUGCAUUCAGCUGUGCAUGUCUGUGAUCCAGAUGAAACUCCCACAGCUCACUGCAUUUGCCCUGAAGGUUAAUAAUGAUGAUGACCUAAUACUAAGCAUCAUUCUGGCCACCCUGGUGUCUGCCAACAAGAUGUCAGAGACCAAUCUGAAAGCCCACAGUGACGAGCGACGCUCCUAUUCAAUGGAGCAUUUCCGCUGGGGUAAACCUUCAGGCCGUAAACGCCGGCCUGUGAAGGUUUUCGUCUCUUCUCUGGAGGGAGGAGGCUCGUCUGAGGGCAGCUUCCUCCCUCAGGCUCGCAGGCAGCUGAGCAGCUAUGAGGAUGAAGUGAAGCUGAGUGGAAAAGGUCAAAACCAGGCAGCGCCAAGGGCGAGGGUCAGUACUCUGUCACAUGACCCUUUGAGCUCGCACGAGAAAACAGACGGGACCUAUCGGAUGAGUCACUUCAGAUGGGGGAGCCCGCCUGCCUCCAAACGUAAUGGCAGCUCCAUGAAACCGUGGGAGAAGAAACCUCAGGGGCAGCUGCCUAAGCUCUUCAGGAACAAUAUAGUAAAGGAUGUGCAGAACAUAGUGGGCUGAAUGGGGGAGUAGUUGAAAGAAUCUAAAAAUCCAUUGCAUGUUAGUAGGUACCCACAGGUCUUCAUUUUAAAUGACAGAAACUUGUCACUAUCAUUAGCAUGUUGUUGAGUGUCUUUCCUGGACCGCAGGUUUGUCUCAUUAAAACCUUUACUAAAGACAAGAAACAAGGCAGUUUUAUGUAAACAAUAAUGCAUCCACAGACUACCUUGACCUUCUUGGUCUGAAUUGAAAGCUUUCUUAGGAGUGUGGUUAUUUUCUUGUGUGCAGCGUUAUUAUUAAUAGGCUAUAGGCUAUAUGUUUUG